AUAAUGCAUUAUGCAUUGUACAAGUAUGUCUCCACAGUAAUUUACUGUUAGAUUGAUACUAUAAAACGUAAAUAAUAGAAGAGGAAUUCACACCAUUUCAACUAUGGGGAAUUUACUAUAAAUAUUCUUAUUUUAAAAAAAAUAGGCUUCUAUAAUAAUUAUUAUUACUCAAAUAUUAUACAAUUACACUAUGUAUAGCAAGUCAAUUCGUCCAACUUAAAUUAUUGUGGUCAAGUAAUAACAACUCUCGAACUCAGAUUUCCUUUACUUCGUAACUUGAACUUGGGUCGCGUAAAAUACCAAAAUUCCUAUUCACCUUUUGGUAAUAUACAACCUUUUGUUUGUGAAUCAACUCAGCCUACAUCUUUAAAUGAUAUGACAUUUGUACCUGGACCAGAAAAGCCUAGUACAUGGUGGCCUCAUCAACCGUUAAUUCCUGGACGUCGUGUAGUAAAAUUAUAUCCUGUUCGUUUUCGAAAUAAACUUCGUAUUGCACUAGUCAGAGAAGGAUGUUCCAACAGACCUUUCUUUACCAUACAGAUUAAAUCUAACUUAGCUGAAUCGAAAAAGAAUGGUAUUGAACAAGUCGGUUCAUGGGAUCCAUUCCCUAAUAUUCAUGGAGAACAAUUGAUUGCAUUAAAUUUUGAACGUAUCUCUUACUGGAUAGGUAUGGGAGCUGAACCAACUGUUCGUGUAGCUGAAUUAUUGGGAUUAUGUGGAUUUUUACCAAUACAUCCAAGAUCUUAUUUAAUGGCACAUAGAGCUCGUAUUGCAAUGAUGAAAUAUUUAGAGAGACAAAAACAAAAACAGAAUGAACAGGUUACUGAUGAAAUCACAUUGAAAAGUGCCGAAAUAAACGAAGGUGAAAGAAUAGUGGAUAAUCAAAAAGAUGACACUAAAGAAGUGGAUGUCGAUUUACGUGUUGAUUCUAUAUGGCGUAGAGGGAAUGAACCACCACACUGGUGGUAUUAUGGUUUACGCUAA